GUUCCGUCCCGGAACAGAACUCGCCAGGCCAGUCGUCGCCCCCUCGCUUUCCUCCGCUUUUUUGAACUCUUCUUUAGCUUUUACUCUUCUUUUCUCUUUGGCUUCCACUCCUCCCCACCCAGUCCUCCUCCUCCUCCCUUUCCUCGUCGCUUCCCUUCGUCAGGUGUUGGGCUGGCAUCCCUGGGACUGGGCUGGCUGGCCCAUCAUAGGUUACAAAAGGAGAACGACAGGAGCAGAAAGGCGUCGAACAAGACCAGACACAGACCGAAUUCUUCUUCUCCCGUUCACCCCAUUCUACUGUACAUCUUCUCCCCGAAUCCUCCCUCUUCUGCCUCUAGGCCUCUUCCUCUAGCUUCUAGAACCUUCUCGAGCUCCGUUCCCUAGCAAGGUUGCUAACACCCUUCCCGGUGCGUCCUCUGACCCUCGCAGUCGCAGCAGCUCGCCCGGAGGAAGGAAACCCUAGCGCAAGCCGCACCCGCACCGCCGCCUCCGGUCGCUGCACCUCCCCGCAUGGCGUCCCCGGCACGGCCCGCGGCCGCCUCCGUCUCCGGCGCCUUCGGCCUCCCGCCCGACCCCAAACGCUGCUCCUUCGACCAGGCGCUCCGACGAGAGCAGGAUUUUCAGGAGAACAGAUAUCUGAUGUCAUCUGUUAAUUUCCAUGAGCAAGAAAAAAUAUCUAAAAAAAUCGUAACAGAAGCUAUAGAGGACUGCAUGAAGAAACAAGCAGAUAACUUGUUGCAAUCACUGGAUGUCAUCAGUGGUAGGCUGUCACAAUUGGAGUUAUAUUGCUAUAAGCUGGAAAGGUCCAUUGGAGAAUUACGAAGUGACGUUAUGGAUUAUCACAGUGAAGCAAAUCAUAACUUCUGUUGCCUUGAAAAGCACGUGAAAGAGGUUCAGAAAUCCGUGCAGGUUCUUCAGGAUAAGCAAGAGGUUGCCGAAACUCAGAAGGAACUGAGCAAACUUCAAAUAGUAUACGAGGACUCUGCACAAAAGAGUGAAGGUACUGCUCCAUCAAUUCUUAUGACAAGAGAAAAUGAGCUUGCCCUAGUGCCGUUGCACCAAGUAAAUGCUGUUCAGUCUCCUGCUAUGCAAUUCCAAAGUUGCAAUGGCCUUAUUCUACAGCAACUGGUGCCAGUCUCUUUGAGCACCCAACAAGACCAGCAGCGCUCGAACCAAACAACCAUGUACUGCAUGCAAGGCCAAAGUCAUUUGGAGCACAGACAUGCCCAACCAUUGCAAGCUGCCGCUCAAUCUGUGCAGCCACAUACCCAGAACCCUCAGCCACAAACUGUAGUUGAGGUACCUCAGAUAACUAGUCAGACAUCAGAGUUCUACCUUCAACCUCAGCAGCAAUGGCCACAUCAAACAGCUCAGCAGGUUCAGACCCAGGCAAGGCAACCACAACCACAGGUGGUUCAGCAGGUACAUCAGCAGCAGUACAACAAUAUUCAGCAAGUUCCAGCACAUGUGGUUCAGCUGCAAACAUCUUCUCCACAGGCUCAUAGCGCACCUCAGGUCACACUGGUAUAUCCUCCAUAUGAACCUCAUCAGCCUGCGAACACCGAGGCACGCACAAGAGGCAUGGUUGUGCAGCCUUCAUACUCAACAAUUUCCUCAGCCCAGCGGAACCAUCAUGAAGUUGCUCCUAUUUAUGUGCAAAGCAAUGUAAUUUCUGUUCCAUUGGCAGAGCAGCCUCAGCAACUUCAUCUGCUUGGGAAUGGCUCUUUUGGACCUCAACCAUGCAAGGUUGGUCCAUGUGGUAUUUCAGCAUAUACGGUACAAGGGAGUGCACAGACCUACAACACUGCUUAUGGAAGCCCUUCCAGCAAUCCUGCCACUGUUGUUGCUAUCCUUAAUCAACAAGCACAUGCCAGUGCUCCGACGGUGCUUCAUCAUUUAGCACCUCAGGCUUUGCAGAAUUGUUCGGUAGACAUGGUCGAAAAGGCUGCUCAAAUGGGUUACUCAAAGGAUCAAGUUGACAACAUGGUGCUCCGUAUGGCGACUGCAGGCCAUCCUGUAGAAUUCAACCCCAUGCAUGACAUGCUGAGCUCUGUUAGCAAUGCGGUGACUCCACAGGCAUGGUCUGGGUAGUCAAGAGUGAACAACUCGGCAUCAAACCACUUUCGUUCUAUGGUGACUUGUUUUGUGAUAUAUAUCAAGGUAUCUUAUUAUCAUCGGAAUGUCAUCAGGUAUUUCCUCUGGCAUCUUUUUAUCUGCCAGCAGAUAGGUACAUAUCAUCCAGCUUAUUUUUUAAAGUCUGGAGGAUGGCGAUGAAAUAAGACUGUUAGGAUAGUUAAAUGAUGAUUGUUAGCAUGUGUCCUACCUUUUAAUGGACAUAUAUGCUUGUAAUAGUGGACUUGCAUACACAUGAGUGAUAAAUUUGUUGUUUUCACAGAAAACCCUGUUGUGACUUGCAUACGCAUGUUUUGCGGUAUAAAUGUGACAAAUUUGUUGUACGUUUUCA